AAACAAUAUUUUCGGCACGAAAAAAAUUAUUAAACGUAAAAUAAAAUAAAAAUUGCUACAGUAAACAAAAAUGAUGUAAAUACAUACAGUACAAAUCUUUAAAAUAUUAAUAAAUUAAGAAAGUGUUAUUUCAGUACUUUACGCCAUGCUUCAUCACGAGUAGGGGGCGGCGCGAUGCUGCCGAUCCGGUUGCGUCGCGUGAACGGCCACGAGGGGCGCGAGAAUGACGUACUCUUCCAUCCGGCGAGGCAGAAGCCGCCCAUGCCGGAGACACUGGUGUACUUCGGUGGUGAUGUUCAGGAUUACGAGGAAGUGAUGCAAACCCACCGCGAUAACAGGAACUAUGUGAAGUGGUCCCUCGAGAACACGGCGCGGAUGCUCAGCGAAAACUUCCCCACCAAACACAUCGUUGUUGUGCGACCGGCGCGGAUAGAGUACAAGAGCUUCAGUUGCUACGACAACUUCGUGCCGAGCAACAACGCGGGCGUGCCCGACCACACGCCCACGCACCACGCGCUGCACCAUUUGGAGAAGUUGCUGCAAGAGCUAAGCAUACGGGUGAAGGAGUUGCCAACACGGCAGCUGACCGAUGCGGUGAUGUGCGGCCUGUAUGCUGAUGAUGACGUGGAUAUUGAGGAACAGGGUGCAAGUAAUAACGAAAAUAAGAGCAAAUCAAACGGCGCCGCGAAAUGCGACGCAGCGGCCGGCACCAGCCUCGAGCACAAGCAGUCCCCACUUUGGUGGCGGGAUACCCUGACCCUGGACAAGAGCAAACUCAGUCUGGUCGGCUUCAGCAAGGGCUGCGUGGUGCUCAACCAGCUGAUCUAUGAGUUCCACUACACCAAGACCCUGACUCCGUGGGACAGGCACAUGUGCAGUAACCGAGCGGCGUGCGCGUGCGCGUGCGCGUGCGCAGACGUGCGCGUGCACGUGCACGUGAGCCCGUACCAGGUGGCGGACGCGGCGCGCCCGUGGAUCGGCCGCGAGGAGCGCGCUUUCACCUCGCUGCUGCACAAGCUCGGCGCCAAGAUCGAUCGAUAUUUGCACGACGACUCCACCUCCCCCCACUCUCUCAACACCCACUUUGAAGUGCUCAGCAACUUUAAGGCUGUACAAGAUUCGAGGCCCGGUGACAUGCACGACGCUUCAGAAGAUGACACUUGAAGUUGAACCAAAUUACAAAUGAAAAGGACCUCAUCCACAUCGGUUUUUAUACUUCUACAUGCUGAUCAAUAUUUGCGAAUGUCAACUCUAUUAUUGCUGUCUUACGGACUACUAUUAAAAUAGGCAAUCUCCUCUACCAAAUUUUACUGUGGUAGAUUAUAAUUAUAAAUGGAUUACUUUUCCUACGAGAGGUUUGUGUCAAUAAAUGUGUGUAGAGAAUAGAUGACUUUGCUUUUAUAUGAUGAUAAUUUUGAAGCAGUAUUUUUAUUAAAUUUAUUUUGUAAAUAAUAAAAUUAAGAUAUUUGGAGCUUCAAAACAAUUGCCAGACCAAUUUCUUUUGCUUUGACGAAAUGUCUAGUAAUAUAUGAAUUUUCUCAAGUAUUUAUAAUAUGUAUGUCGUCAAAAUAAAUGUCAAUGCAUAUUUUAGCAUAUCGCUGUAUUAAUUUAAAGUACAAAAUCUAUUUUUAAGUUAUUUAUUUAUCAUGUAAAUUAGAUUUAUCAUUACAUGUCAAAACUGAUCUCAUCUUCAUUGUAAAGUAAAAUUUAUGGAAUAAAUAUAUUUUGAACCAGAA